GCCGGAAGUGACGCGAGUUCACCUGCCGAGCGGGGGCGGGGAGGAGGGGCGGAGGGUGCAGAGGUGCCGCCGCCGCCGCGAGCCAGUCGGGAGCGCGCGAGGCGCGGGGAGCCUGGGACCCCGAGCGAGAGCCGCCUACCUGCAGCCGCCGCCCACGGCACGGCAGCCACCAUGGCGCUCCUGCUGCGCUUCGUGCUCCUGUGCGGAGUCGCGGAUUUUGCCAGAAGUUUGAGUAUCACUACUCCUGAAGAGAUGAUUGAAAAAGCCAAAGGGGAAACUGCCUAUCUGCCAUGCAAAUUUACGCUUAGUCCCGAAGACCAGGGACCGCUGGACAUCGAGUGGCUGAUAUCACCAGCGGAUAAUCAGAAGGUGGAUCAAGUGAUUAUUUUAUAUUCUGGAGACAAAAUUUAUGAUGACUACUAUCCAGAUCUGAAAGGCCGAGUACAUUUUACGAGUAAUGAUCUCAAAUCUGGUGAUGCAUCAAUAAAUGUAACGAAUUUACAGCUGUCAGAUAUUGGCACAUAUCAGUGCAAAGUGAAAAAAGCUCCUGGUGUUGCAAAUAAGAAGAUUCAUCUGGUAGUUCUUGUUAAGCCUUCAGGUGCAAGAUGUUACGUUGAUGGAUCAGAAGAAAUUGGAAGUGACUUUAAACUAAAAUGUGAACCAAAAGAAGGUUCACUUCCAUUACAGUAUGAGUGGCAAAAAUUGUCUGACUCACAGAAAAUGCCCACUUUGUGGUUAGCAGAAAUGACUUCAUCUGUUAUAUCUGUAAAAAAUGCCUCUUCAGAGUACUCUGGGACAUACAGCUGUACAGUCAGAAACAGAGUGGGCUCUGAUCAGUGCCUGUUGCGUCUAAACGUUGUCCCUCCUUCAAAUAAAGCUGGACUAAUUGCAGGAGCCAUUAUAGGAACUUUGCUUGCUCUGGCGCUCAUUGGUCUUAUCAUCUUUUGCUGUCGUAAAAAGCGCAGAGAAGAAAAAUACGAAAAGGAAGUUCAUCACGAUAUCAGGGAAGAUGUGCCACCUCCAAAGAGCCGUACGUCCACUGCCAGAAGCUACAUCGGCAGUAAUCAUUCAUCCCUGGGAUCCAUGUCUCCUUCCAACAUGGAAGGAUAUUCCAAGACUCAGUAUAACCAAGUACCAAGUGAAGACUUUGAACGCACUCCUCAGAGUCCGACUCUCCCACCUGCUAAGGUAGCUGCCCCUAAUCUAAGUCGAAUGGGCGCGAUUCCUGUGAUGAUUCCAGCACAGAGCAAGGAUGGGUCUAUAGUAUAGAGCUUCCAUACGUCUCAUCUGUGCUCUCCGUGUUCCUUUCCUUUUUUUGAUAUAUCAAAACCUAUUCUGGUCUAAAUUUUGUAACUAGCCUCAAAAUACAUCAAAAAAUAAGUUAAUCAGGAACUGUACGGAAUAUAUUUUUAAAAAUUUUUGUUUGGUUAUAUUGAAAUAGUUACAGGCAUUAAAGUUAGUAAAGACAAGUUUACCAUCUGAAAAAGCUAGAUUUUCUUUAAGAGGUUGAUUAUAAAGGUUUCUAAAUUUAUCAGUACCAAAGUAAGAUGUAGCACUUUGAAUAUGAAAUCAUAGGUGAAGACAUUGGUGAACUUACUUGCAUACCAAGUUGAUACUUGAAUAACCAUCUGAAAGUGGUACUUGAUAAUUUUUACCAUUAUUUUUAGGAUGUGUAUUUCAUUUAUUUAUGGCCCAUCAGUCUCCCCCAAAUUAGUACAGAAAUAUCCAUGACAAAAUUACUUAUGUAUGUUUGUACUUGUUUUUACAGCUCCUUUGAAAACUCUGUGUUUGUAAUAUCUCUAAAAAUAUAGAAAACACUACAGUGGUUUAGAAAUUACUAAUUUUACUUCUAAGUCAUUCAUAAACCUUGUCUAUGAAAUGACUUCUUAAAUAUUUAGUUGAUAGACUGCUACAGGUAAUAGGGACUUAGCAAGCUCUUUUAUAUGCUAAAGGAGCAUCUAUCAGAUUAAGUUAGAACAUUUGCUGUCAGCCACAUACUGAGAUGACACUAGGUGCAAUAGCAGGGAUAGAUUUUGUUGGUGAGUAGUCUCAUGCCUUGAGAUCUGUGGUGGUCUUCAAAAUGGUGGCCAGCCAGACCAAGGAUGUAGUAUCUCAUAGUUCGCAGGUGAUAUUUUUCUUAUUAGAAAAAUAUUAUAACUCAUUUAUUGUUUGACAAUUAUAGAUUGAAAUUUCCUAAUUUAUUCUAAAUUUUAAGUGGUUCUUCCGUCUCAGUGCUUUAUGUUGUUGUUUUUGGAUGGUGUUACAUAUUAUAUGUUCUAGAAACAUGUAAUCCUAAAUUUACCCUCUUGAAUAUAAUCCCUGGAUGAUAUUUUUUAUCAUAAAUGCAGAAUAAUCAAAUACAUUUUAAGCAAGUUAAGUGUCCUCCAUCAAUUCUGUAUUCCAGACUUGGGAGGAUGUACAGUGGCUGUUGUGUGAUCAAACAUGUCUCUGUGUAGUUCCAGCAAAUCAAGCUGAGCUUUGAAAAAGUUUGAGUCUUAGUUUUGUGAAAGUGAUUUAUUCUUAAAAAAAAAAGAAAGAAAGAAAAAGAAAAAAAGAUAAGAAAAAGGAGUAAAGGGACUACUCCUCCUUGCCAAAUGUGCUAAAUAUCAUUUUAGGAGAAGAAAGUGGAUUUAUUGUAUUUCCCUUAAGAUUGUGAGGGAGUGUGGAUAUAGUGGAAUGAGCCAACAGUUUCUUUAUAAUAAAUACGGUCUGCAAUAAGUUAUUUCACUAGCUCUAAAACCUUUCCCUAGAUUUUAGUAGGGAGUUGGUUUCUGUUAAUAUCUUUGGGUGCUGUGGUGGUAAAUGCUACAUUAUAAACGGUGGCAUGUAUUUACAGGUAGAGUAUUGUGUGUACACUUUUUAAUGGUAAACUUAAGCUGAAUGUGUAAUGGAUUUGUGUAUAGUUUUACAUAUUUGGAAGCAUUUUAAAAACAGGUUUUAACCUUACGUAAAAUUACUUUUAUACUCGUGUUAACAUUUUCAUCUGUGCCUUUUGGGUAAUUUAAUUUCUGUUAUGAAUUUCUGGUGCCUAUGAUCUAGCUAUCACCUACCUGAAAGGUGCUUAGAGGUGAAGGUACUGUUUCUAAAAACACAUCACUGUGAUACCUUUCUAUCCUCACAUUUUCAAGCUUGCCUCUUUUCUGUUCUUUGUGGAUAUAACUUAAGCGAUUGUGUUAUUCAUAAAGAUUUAGAAAUUUCAAUAUUCCCAACACUCUGACUAUGUUUCUGAUUUUAUAACAGUAGCCAUUUUUGAAUGUCAGAUGUUUGGCCUGUUUUAUAUGAAUAAAGUUUAUUUAUAAAAUAUUAUAAAAAUAAGUAAAUAAACAGAACAUUAAUAAUAAAAUUUUGGUUCUUCCUAUUCCUGACUUUCAUAUAAUGAACAUUAUCCUAUUGAUCUAAGUAGAAGUUAUCAUAGAAAGUGGACACGUAUAAGACUUUCCUUCCUUUUUUUGUUUUUAAUAAUAUAUGAGGAACAAGAUUUUCUUCCCGAGGACAUUGUUUUAAAGGCUUAUGUCUCACUGUAAAAUUCUGCCAGCCAAAUAGUACCAAUACAUUUUCAAGUAGUUCUCACUGAUAAUUUAGUUGAACCAGAGAUCAAAUAUUUGCUCCCGAAUUACUACUGGUAAUCAAGUAGUUGAACAAAAAAUUACUAAAGCAUUUCAGUUAGAUCAGUCAAGGACAGUACUGCAUCUGUUUUUUUUUUUGUUUUUUUUUUUAAGACGGAGUCUCGCUCUGUCGCUCAGGCUGGAGUGCAGUGGCGUGAUCUCGGCUCACUGCAAGCUCUGCCUCCCAGGUUCAUGCCAUUCUCCUGCCUCAGCCUCCCGAGCAGCUGGGACUACAGGCACCCACCACCAUGCCCGGCUAAGUUUUUGUAUUUUUAGUAGAGACAGGGUUUCACCGUGUUAGCCAGGAUGGUCUCAAUCUCCUGACCUCAUGAUCCGCCUGCCUCGGCCUCCCAAAGUGCUGGGAUUACAGGCGUGAACCACUGCGCCCGGCCCAGUACUACAUCUUAACAGCAAAGCCAUUUUAUUCUACUUUAUAACUGAGAGACUUGAUACCAUCCAUCUCUUUAGGUUACAGAGGAUAAUUUGAAGAGAAAUGAUACUGUAGAAUAUAUAGUUCUGUACUUUUUUUUUUUUUUUUUAAGAGAUGGGGUUUCACUAUUGCUCAGGCUGGUCUCAAACUGCUGCGCUCAAGAGAUCCUCCUGCCUUGGCCUCCCAAAUUGCUGGGAUUACAGGUGUGAGCCGCAGCAUCCAGCCAGUUCUGUACUUUGAAUAUGGAGUAGUUUACAGCUAUUUUUUUUUCUUACUGGCAAUCUUAACUAAUAUGAUUCCCUUAUUAGAGAGCCUCUCAUUCCCCCACCCCCAAAAAUGUCUGUUAUUCAUGACAGUAACCAAUUAUUCUGAACUAAUUGCUUCUUUUUAAUUUGAGCUAUCUGCCAUGGACUUUCUAAAAUGGAAACACAGCCUGAGUGUAUCUUAGGGAGAGUUUGAUUGAAAAAAUCCAAAUCACUAUCCAUAUAGAUCAUGGAUAUAAAGAGAUACCUGAUUUUUAUUAAAAGGAUACCUUUUCAAAUUUAAGAGUUAAUCUUGGAAAUUUGGAAUAAGUAAAGGGGCAAGUAAACCUUUUGAUUAAAUAUAAAAGGAACUCAUUGCAUGAAGUCGACUAUCAAAUUCUGUGAUGUGUGGCUUCUUAAAAAUAUUCUCAGUGUCUUUUGUGUGCGUGCAGCAUGUACAUUUGAUGUUAUGUGAAUGUUAAGAGUUUUUUCUUCUAAUUUUCACUUCAGCAGUGUUUAGGGCUUUCAGAUGCCUUAUUCCAGUGUGAACAGAAAAAGUUCAUAUUUUAUGUGGUUAAUGCUUUGAUGUGUCACGUAAAGAGUAGUUUGUAGAAAAUGUUGGCACAAUUUUAACUUCUUAGUGGCUUGUGACAUUAUAUAUUAUAUAUAUAUGUACAUAUAUCUUUAUAACAUUCCUGUGUUUAGUGUAAAUGUUCUGGGCAAGUUUUAAAAUUUUGAAUGCCUUUGGAUAUUCCAGCAAUAAAGGCAUCAUGUUCUGCAAUAGGAUUUCUUACUCAUUUACCUAUUUUAACACUAAAAUAGACCACAACUGAGCACAAAUUCCUUUUAUAAAUGUUAUAGAAGCAGGGAAGAAUAAUAAACACAUUUGUGAAUUGUGGUUCAGUUUAUUUAUCUUUAGGGAAGGCUGAUCAUUUAUCUUAUAGCAGAUAACCCAGCCUCUUAUUCAUUAAGGUUAACUUUUAUAAUUUAUCUUAUUUUAUAAUUUAAGAAUAUAGUACAUAUCAGUUGGGUUUGGUUUUAGUCAUCGAGACUAAAAGCUCCAUCCAAACAGAACUUUGUGUUUUCUGCUAACUUAUUUAAUGACACAAGUUUUAAGAGAACCACAAUUCAUUGAUUCACUUAUUCUUUUCCCUAAUUGUGAAUUUUAAUGAUAAAUACACCUGUACUACUGAGGAAAGUAUUCUGACACUUCACAUGUGCAAAGUAUAGGACUGACAGUGUCAGUUUCAGAUUUUGUAUGUACGAUUUCUGGCUUAUAUAUCCAAUGGUGCAGAUUUUGAAAUUUGUAAGAACAAAAUUUGUUAAGAAAAACAACUUGCUCUAGUUUUGUGACCUUGUGUACUUUUGAAAUAAAAUCAAGAAAGCA